AUGUCUUCCGACUCUUCUUCAAACUCCGAAGCCGCCAUUCUUCCUGAACACCGCAGGGAAGAAUCGUCCACCGACAUCUCGGGCUCGAGAUCUACAGAGCAUUCUUCGAAUGCUUCUUUGGUUCGGAAGAAUUCCCGGGUCGUCGAGGUUAGCUCUAGUAGUCGAGUUCCGAUUCGAGCUCCGGAGCGGAUGGAUCGGAAUCUCCGUGGGUCCGAGGGUCAGGCUCCCAAUGACUUGGUCUUGGGACGGGAGCCUGACGUGAAGACAGAUGAAGACGCUCCACCGCGCGAGGUCGGGGAAGGAGGGACGCAGGACCCAAAUGAUGAUGACAUGAUGCCGAUCAUGGAUCGGCCAUGUGUAUGCGCUCCGGUGAAAUCCACCUUGUCGUCUCCGGAGACAGUCCGGGCUGCUAUGCUGAUCGGCGGAGCCCCUCCCGGGAUUAUCAUUCAAGUUCCCGAACCGGAAGAGCGCCCUUGGGAUGCACCCGAGGGCUUCAUUUGUGUCUACGAAGCUUAUUUCCGCGAGGCCGGAUUGAAAUUUCCCCUGCCCCGGUUGCUGUUUGCCUACUGCAAUCGUCGCGGCUGCGCGAUAUCGCAACUUCAGCCGGCGUCAAUAGUGAAUUUUGUCGGGAUUCUCCAGCUCGGGCGUGACAUUCGGGCUCACAUCAAUGUAGCCCAAUUCGAGGAGCUUUUUAUUAUGAAGGUCUCGUCGGCAAAAAGUUGGUUUCUGUCGGUGAAUUUCAACCUGAAGUUCGACCUGGUUACUGGGAACAAGGCUAGCAAAUUUCCGAGCUGUGACCAAAGCUACUUCUUUGUUCGCGUCGAUUCAUUGUCUGCUGAGAAUCCGGAGAGCACGUUCCGGACUGGCUGGAGUGUCGACUUUGAUCACCACGUUCCAGGAUUCAUUCAACGCUCCCUUACAUCCAACCUAGCAAAGCAGCUCAGUCUCGCCGGACAGCGCCGUUGGCCCCUUGCUUACCGGGAGAAGAUUGACCGUCGGAUAAAGAGAGCUCAGGACAGAGCCAAAACUAAGACUGAACCCAGCUCGUCGAGGCCGGUUCCGAAGAAGAAGAAAUCAAGGAAAAACAGCAAAUCGAGUCGGAGGAGGAUGGCAUUCGACAGAUCGGAUAUUCCGAUGAUGGACUUUGGGGCUGACGAAGAAGAAGACAAUGCCCCAAUUGAUGUUGUCAGUCUCGACGGGAACGAGGCCGACGAUGGCGUUGAAGCCGCUGGUGGGGACGAGGUCGACAACGUCCCAGUCGGCCCAGUUGAUCCUUUGGUCCCGGUUGCGGAACCAGAGGGCGACGUGGCGGGAACUAGCGUUCCUGAGGUGAUUCAUCAGCCUCAAAUGGAGGAAGGCGAAAUUGGUGAGCAGGAUGAGGACGAGCUCACCAUCGCCGACCGUGCCCAGAGGAAGAAGGGCAAGUCCUCGAAGAAAUCGUCUCGGAAGAGGGGUGGUGAUCCCGAGACGGCUGCGAGUGAGGGGACUCUGGUCCUUCACGGAAGGGACAUCGGCGGGUCGCCUACUGCUUCUCAGAUUCCCCCAGCGGAUCCGGCAGCUGAGACCGGAAAUCCGAGAUCGUCCAAGAAGCGUCGGACCUCUGACUCGUCCUCCUUUUCAGUCCGGCUCAACUACAACAAGGACCGGUCCUUCUUUGACGACUCGACUGCCUGCGCCGAGCUCUUCAGGCAGAUCGUGCCGGCCUCGUCUCCAAUGCCUGAGACCAAAGACCAUUUCUGCCCCAACUCGUCUGUGAUACCAACGAGCUCGUCCGCGAGUACGACUCUGAGGCUGAGGAAGAUUAAUGCCGAGGUCGCUGCUGAGAGGGCGUCGUUGGAAGCGUCGUACCGGGACAAGAAGGAGAGGUACGAAGCUUCAGUGCUGGCCUUUAGUGAAAAGGAUAAGGAGAACCUUGUCCUAAAGGAGCAGGUUGCGGCUCUGGAAAGGCGGACUGCCGAGCUGGAGGGCGACAUGGACGCUCUGUCCAAGUCGUUCAAGACGAGCGAGCUCGAGAGGCGGAAGUACCGAGAUGCCGAGUCAAAGGGCCGGAAGAUGAUGGCCGCGCUCAGAGGCAAAUGCGAGGGGAAGCUUGCCAAGGUGAAGGACUUCAUGGACAAGUCUGAGCUUUAG